CAAGCCACAGCAGAGUCAGUGAGAGGCACAACCCGGGGAGCACAAAGUGCUUCCUCCGAGGUGAGCGGAGACCGUCAAUGAGAUCUCUCGCCGUGGCCUGCGUAGUGGCUCUAGUGGCUGCAAAUGCAGCUGGUGGAGCUCCAGAGUUUUUCCACACAGAUGGUGCCUGGGCCAUGUUGAAAGAUGGCGGUGUCAGAACCUGGGGAGAUCCAGGCAGAGGUGGUGACUCAAGCUCGGUGAGAGACAUGUCCGGUGUAGACAUGUCCGGUAUAGAGCACGGUGUACAGAGUGUGGUUGCUACAAAGAGUGCCUUUGCAGCGUUGAAGGCAGAUGGUUCCGUGAUUUCGUGGGGAAAGGCAUCAGAAGGAGGAGAUUCUCGUGUCAAUCUUGACAGUGUAGUGAAGCUAGCUGCAUCAGCAUAUGCAUUUGCUGCAUUACGAGCUGAUGGCGGUGUUGUCUUUUGGGGAAAGCUCAGUGCCGACGAAUCAGAAGCAGAUGAAGGCAACGAUGGCAACGCAGCACAGCACUCCUUGGAGGCCUUGAAGCCCUUGGAACCCUCACACUCCCAAGGAGAUGCGGAAGCAGAUGAAGCACUGCAAGAUUUGGAAGAACUGGAUUCAUUGGAUUCAUUGGAUUCAGGAGUUGUAGAUGUCAUCGCUUCCUCAGAAGCUUUCGCUUGUAUCAAGGAGGAUGGAACGGUCUACACAUGGGAUGGAGAUUUGCUCAAAAAAGUCUAUGAUGGGGAUAACCCUGUGGUAGAAGUAUUUGGAGGUCUUUCUUCCUUUGCAGCUUUGAGAAAAGACGGCUCUGUCUUGACGUGGGGGCAUCCAGAGUUCGGUGGCGAUUCCAGCGCCGUGCGUUCGCACCUGCAAAGCGGAGUGCUUCGUCUCGAACGACGAAGCAUUUUUGACCGUGGUUUCAUUGCUUGGAAAGCGAAUUCCACGGCUGUGAUUUGGGGCCACAACAAAAAGGGUGUGCCAUUGGAGUCGCAAAUUGUCCGCGCAGAGCAGGUCCAAUUGAGGCACACCGCAGGUGCUGUGUUGAGACCUGACGGCACCGCUUUUUGUUUCGGAGAUCCGAAGACCUUCGGCGACUCGAGCAGCGUCGAUCUCUCGAAUCUCAGGUCCAUCCUUUGCCCGAGAUUCGCCUGUGUCGCCAUCAAAAAAGAUGGUUCCAUUGUAACGUGGGGGCAACGCCUUGGUAGACAAGAUCCACCCGAACUGCAGAAUGUCGUCGAAGUUUUUGGAACGCCGUAUUCCUUUGCUGCGCUUAUUCGUGAUACGAGUGAUAUUCCGAGGCCAAACGAUCGCAUCGUUGCCUGGGGUGACUCGCAGAGCGGUGGACGCACAGACUAUCCCAAGAAGCUUCCAAGACAUCUUGAAGUCUUUGAAGUCAAGGCAAUACAUAGCCAUUUUGACGGCUCCAACAAUGGUGUUUUCAUUGCUGAAGUGAGAGAUCAAGAUUCUCGAGAUGUUCUUCACGCUUGGGGAGAUCCUCGUUACGGCGCAUUGGUUGCAGAUGUUUCGGAGCGGAGUUCGGAGCGGAGUCAAAGGAGUCUGCAAACGACAGCCCCGUGCCUCAGCAGUGCCGUAAUGACCCGUAAGAAUGUGGUGAACGGAAACGGUGACGCUAUUUCUGUGAGAAUUAUGGAUCCGGGAUGGGAAUCUGUGAAGAUCUUGAGCAGGAUUGCCAAGGUGGUGAUUGAAGAAGUGCUUGGCUACAACGCUGAGUUGCAUGAAGGAUUCAACACUGUGGCAGCAAUUUUCCCGGUUAUGGCUGGUUGCACCAACUACCCUUAUGACUGGACCGGUUGUUCGGCUGGUAGCACCGAGAGUCACGUGCUGAUGGAAGGAUAUAUAUGGCAACAUUUUGAUGUCUGGAGUAGCGUCACUCUCUACACUCCAGCUUUUGCUCCUGUACGGGCAAGCAAAAUAUACCGAUCCUAUGAGGGCCUCUACGUCAGCAAAGGCGUAUGGGAUCUAAAGACCACAUCGCCCGCGUUGGACACGAAGGAGGCAUUCCUGUCGUCUCAGAACCCCCAUGACUAUUUCGAUGAUCUCACAGCCUUCAGCAGCACCCAACUGGCACCUUGCAGUCAGACGAUAUUGAUGGACAGGACCAUCAUGGCCACAUAUGUCCAAAUCACAGAUGACACAGGGGGUGUGGAUGCUUCCGGUGAUGGCACGUGCUAUGACAGUCACUGGUGGCUUGCACCAGGUUCUUGCAGAGAUCUUCUCGGUGCUCAAUGUGUUCCUGUCAUCACAGGAGGAAAUGGAUGGAUGAUGCCUGCCUUUAUGCAGAAGUCUGCAAUCUGGGGGCUUCAGUUGGCCAUUGCUGUUGCCGCAACUUUUAGUGACUAUUUAGACUUGGCUGCCAACAAACUGUGUCUGUUCUACUGGUGGGAGCCCGACGCCCUAUUUAUCGCAUUGCAGCCCAAGCGUAUCAUUUUCCCGCCGCAUAACGCAUCUGCCUGGGCCAACGAGAACUACACCACUUCAAAUGCGAAUCACAAGCUCGACACGGUGGUGAGCUAUGACCUUCAAGCUAUCGCACCGGACGUGCAUACUUUCAUCUCCAAUUUCAACUUCGGUAUAGACGAUAUGCGAGCCCUUCUUUACCAGAAGAAUAGCGGCACGACCAUUGAUUCACUUGCAUGCAUGUGGGUGGCAAACAAUGAGAACG